AUGUUGAGUCGCGAUGACGGAGACGAGCACUCCUGUCAGACGGACACACAAUGCCUUUGUGACGUCUUACAUGACGAGCACAUGGCCCGAGUGCAGACGGCCCCGGAAACUGGGCCAUGUGGCCUCAUCUGUCCGUCUUAUCAAUCGGUCCAUCUGACAUUGGCUCUACUCGAAUUACUCUCCGCAUCGGCCUGCCCCGCUUUCCUAUUAUCUUUCGUGCCAUAUCAUUCUGGACGCCGGUUCCCGGGCGAAGCCCCGCUCCGCGAAUCCAGCAACACUGUCGCCGGCCUCGUCUCUCCCGAUGGAUCGAUCGCUCCUAUCAACGGGGCAAUCGAGCCUCGAAUGGCAGAGACAGGAUUCUCAUUUAAGAAGUACAAGCAUACAUUUUUAAUUUACCACAUCUUUCCCCUACCUUCAGCCCGGCUGCCUUGCUGCUCCACCUCCUCGGCCUUCUCCACUUCGUCCGGCCGUCUGCUUGUCUGUCCCUACGUUCAUCCCUCGAUCCGUGCGUCGUCCCGAGUGGCCGAGGCUCGUGCGGAAGCACAAUGUCUGUAUGGCCCGGCGACGAGAUUGGACACUGUUCAGAGCGAAAUGGCCGCCAACUGCCGCCUCGUGGAGUCGUCUGCUUGCCAGCCUCUGCCACGUCGCGGAAGCCGGCAACUCGGCCUCUGGGAGGGACUGGUGACGAGAUGCUCUUGUAGAAAGGACACUUCCUUCACCACUCAUCUCCGUGGUGAAGGUAUUCUUUCCAGCCGUCAGGAGCUGAAUUUCUGCCCACUUGCUCUAUGCCAAAUCAGCACCUACUCAGUCAAGCUCGUCUGGGGAGAUUUCGAUGAUGAUACCAAAGUCCGGCAAGUAUGUUUCCAGGUGCCGGACUAA